AUGACUGACCUCUUGAGGAGUGUUGUCACGGUCAUUGAUGUUUUCUACAAAUACACCAAACAAGAUGGGGAAUGUGGCACACUGAGCAAAGAUGAACUAAAGGAACUUCUGGAGAAAGAGUUUCGUCCAAUUCUGAAGAAGCCAGAUGAUCCAGAUACAGUGGAUGUUAUCAUGCACAUGCUAGAUCGAGAUCAUGACCGAAGACUGGACUUUACUGAAUUUCUUCUGAUGGUAUUCAAGUUGGCUAUGGCUUGCAACAAGGUUCUCAGCAAAGAAUACUGCAAAGCUUCAGGGUCAAAGAAGCAUAGGCAUGGUCAUCGACACCAAAAGGAAGAAAGUGAAACAGAAGAGGAAGAAGAAGACACAACGGGACAGAAAUCAGGUUACAGACAUUCAAGUUGGAGUGAGGGAGAGGAGUAUGGUUAUGGUUCGGAGGGCUUAAGGGGAAGUAUGAAACAUAGACAUGGGUCAAACUCCAGGAGGCUGGGAAAGCAAGGUGGAUUAUCUAGCUCAGGAAACCAAGAGCAAUUUGAGAAAAGACACCAUGGGUCUAGCUCUGGUCACUCAUGGAGUAGUGGCAAAGAAAGACAUGGUUCCAGCUCUGGAGAGCUGGGGGAAAGAAGAAACAAGUCACGUGUUAGCCCCUCCAGGGAAUCUGAGAAGGAAUAUGAAUCUGGAUCUGGAUCAAAGAGUAGGAGAAGGAAAGGUCGUGGUGAUCUAUCACAUGGAUUGGAUGCUAGUGGAGAUGAAUCAAACUCUACUCAGUCAAGAAAUAGUGGAGGACAAAAGCUUGGAUCUAGCUCUAGAGGUUCAGGAGACAAUGGAAGGCAAAGCUAUGAAUGUGGCUCCAGCAAUUCAGGUGGGUGUGGAAGGCCACAAAAUGCUUCUACUUCUUGUCAGGAAGGUAGAUUUGGAGGGCAAGGAAAUCAGUCUAGCUGUACCCAGUCAGGAUAUCAAUCAGGAAGUAGUGGAGGACUAGGUCAUGGAUGUAUUUCAGGAGGUCAGUCCUCUGGAUAUGGUCAACAUGAGCCUAGAUCCUGUAGCCAGUCUUCUAGUCAGAGAGAAUAUGGAUCUAGAGCAUGUGGUCAAACACAGAACUGUGGAAGACAACAGAGAACAGGUUCAAGUCAAUCCUCUUGCUGUGAACAAUAUGGGUCUGUAACAAGUCAGUCUUCUAGUUAUGGUCAGUAUGGAUCUGGUUCUUGUGGACACUUUUCAAACUCUCAGCAAAAAGGGUCUGGUUCAAAUGAAUUUGCUAAAUGUGGACAACAUGGGUUUGGCUCUGGGCAGUCCUCUGGCUUUGGCCAACAUGGGUCAAGCUCAGGACAGUCCUCUGGCUUUGGACAACAGGGAUCUGGCUCAGGACAGUCCUCUAGUUUUGGCCAACGUGGGUCAAGCUCAGGACAAGCCUCUGGCUUUGACCAGCAUGGGUCUGGCUCAGGACAGUCCUCUGGCUUUGGACAACAUGGAUACAGCUCAGGUCAGUCCUCUAGCUUUGGACAACAGGGAUCUGGCUCAGGUCAGUCCUCUGGUUUUGGUCAAUGUGAGUCUGGCUCAGGACAGUCCUCUGGUUUUUAUCAGCAUGGGCUUGCCUCAGGACAGUCCUCCAGCUUUGGAGAGCAUGGGUCUGGCCCAGGAGAGUCCUUUGGUUUUGGACAACAUGGGUCUGGUGAACAUCAAUCUUCUAGCUCUGGACAAUAUAGAUAUGGCUCAGGUCAAUCCUCCAGCUGUGGAUAUGGAUCUAGCAAACAUCAGUACCAUAGCUUUGGGACUGGAUCAGGUCAUUCUCUGGGCUUUGGACAACAUGAGUCUAGAUCAGGUCAGUCUAGCUAUGGCCAACAUGGUUCCAGCUCAGAGCAAUCCUCCAAUAUUGGCUCUGGGUCUUCCUCAGGCAGGACCUCCAAACACAGUCAAUAUGGAUCUAACUCAAGCCAGUCUUCUGGUUAUGAUCAACAUGAGUCAACCUCAGGUCACUCCUCUGGCUAUGACAAAUAUGACUCUAGAAUAGGAGAACAAGAAACCUAUGGGACUAGUUCAGGAAAAGGGUAUCCAAAUUGUGGAAGGCUAAUAUCAGAUUCAACCGACAGUCAAACAAGAGAAAGAGCUAAAGGGAGACAGGGAAGAACCCAAGGACAGUCAGGAGACAAAAGUAGACAUGCCCAGUCUGGUCAUGGACAAGCCACCAGGACAGAAUCUUGUAGGACUACAAGAAGGCGAUCUAGUGUCAGUGACUCCAGUGACACUGAAAGAGACUCAGGAGUCAUGCAGGCACACGCAGGAUCCCCUUAUGGCCACUCUGGAUUUCAACAUGGAGAGUCAGAAUCCACAGCCAAAGGGACACAGGGAACAACUCAUGCACAGUCAGGAGACACCAGUAGAGAUGCUCAGUCUGGGCACGGACAACCCACCAGGACAGAAUCCUCUAGGACUGCAAGAAGGGGAUCAAGUGUCAGUGAGUCUAGUGACACUGAAAGGCACUCAGGAGUCGCACAGACAGACACAGGAUCCUCUCAUGCCCACUCUGGAUCUCAACAUGAAGAGUCACAAUCCACAGCUAAAGGGAGACAGGAAACUACCCAUGGACAGUCAGGAGACACCAGACAUGCUGGGUCUGGGCAUGGACAAGCAACUAGGACCGAAUCCAGUGGGGCUGCAAGAAGAGGAUCUAGUGUCAGUGAGUCCAGUGACACUGAAAGGCACUCAGGAGUCGCACAGAAACAUGCAGGAUCCUCUCAAGACCAGUCUGGAUCUCCACAUGGAGAGUCAGGAUCCACAGCUAAAAGGACACGGGAAAAAACUCAAGGACAGUCAGGAGACACCACUAGACAUGCACAGUCUGGUCAUGGACAAGCCACCAGGACAGAGACCAGCAGGGCUACAAGAAGGGGAUCCAGUGUCAGUGAGUCCAGUGACACUGAAAGGCACUCAGGAGUCCCACAGACACACGCAGGAUCCUCUCGAGGCCAGUCUGGAUCUCAACAUGGAGAGUCAGGAUCCACAGCUAAAGAGAGACAGGGAACUACUCAUGGACAGUCAGGAGACACUAGACAUGCCUGGUCUGGGCAUGGAGAAGACAACAGGACAGAAUCCACUAGGACUGCAAGAAGGGGAUCCAGUGUCAGUGAGUCUAGUGACACCGAAAAGCACUCAGGAGUCCCACAGACACAUGCAGGAUCGUCUCGAGGCCAGUCUGGAUCUCAACAUGGAGAGUCAGGAUCCACAGCUAAAGGGACACAGGAAAAAACUCAAGGACAGUCAGGAGACACCACUAGACAUGCCCAGUCUGGUCAUGGACAAGCCACCAGAACAGAAUCCAGUAGAACUACAAGAAGGGGAUCCAGUGUCAGUGAGUCCAGUGACACUGAAAGGCACUCAGGAGUCCCGACAGAAUCCUCUAGGACUGCAAGAAGGGGAUCAAGUGUCAGUGAGUCUAGUGACACUGAAAGGCACUCAGGAGUCCCACAGACACACGUAGGAUCCUCUCAUGCCCACUCUGGAUCUCAACAUGGAGAGUCAGGAUCCACAGCUAAAGGGAGACAGGGAACUAUUCAUGGACAGUCAGGAGACACCACUAGACAUGUACAGUCUGGUCAUGGACAAGCCACCAGGACAGAGUCCAGUAGGGCUACAAGAAGGGGAUCCAGUGUCAGUGAGUCCAGUGACACUGAAAGGCACUCUGGAGUCCCACAGAAACACGCAGGAUCCUCUCAUGGCCACUCUGGAUCUCAACAUGGAGAGUCAGGAUCCACAGCUAAAGGGACACAGGGAACUACUCAUGGACAGUCAGGAGACACCAGACAUGCUGGGUCUGGGCACGGACAAGCCACCAGGACAGACUCCAGUAGAGCUACAAGAAGAGGAUCUAGUGUCAGUGAGUCCAGUGACACUGAAAGGCACUCAGGAGUCCCACAGACAUACACAGAAUCCUCUCAUGCCCACUCUGGAUCUCAACAUGGAGAGUCAGGAUCCACAGGUAAAGGGACACAGGGAACUACUCAUGGACAGUCAGGAGACACCAGGGGACAAGCUAGGUCUGGUCAUGGACAAGCCACCAGGACAGAAUCCAGUAGAACUACAAGAAUAGGAUCUAGUGUCAGUGAGUCCAGUGACACUGAAAGGCACUCAGGAACACAUGCAGGAUCCUCUCAUGCCCACUCUGGAUCUCAACAUGGAGAGUCAGGAUCCACAGCUAAAGGGACACAGGGAACUACUCAUGGACAGUUAGGAGACACCAGACAUGCUGGGUCUGGGCAUGGACAAGCCACCAGGACAGAAUCCAGAAGAGCUACAAGAAGAGGAUCUAGUGUCAGUGAGUCCAGUGACACUGAAAGCCACUCAGGAGUCUCACAGACACACACAGGAUCCUCUCAUGCACACUCUGGAUCUCAACAUGGAGAGUCAGGAUACACAGCUAAAGGGACACAGGGAACUACUCAUGGACAGUCAGGAGACACCAGGGGACAAGCUAGGUCUGGUCAUGGACAAGCCACCAGGACAGAGUCCAGUAGGGCUACAAGGGGAUCCAGUGUCAGUGAGUCCAGUGACACUGAAAGGCACUCUCGUGUCCCCCAGACACACGCAGGAUCCUCUCAAGCCCACUCUGGAUCUCAACAUGGAGAGUCAGGAUCCACAGCUAAAGGGAAACAGGGAACUACUCAUGCACAGUCAGGAGACACCAAUAGAGAUGCUCAGUCUGGUCAUGGACAAGUCACCAGGACAGAAUCCACCUGGGCUGCAAGAAGGGGAUCUAGUGCCAGUGAGUCCAGUGACACUGAAAGGCACUCAGGAGUCUCACAACCACAUGCAGGAUCCUCUCAUGGCCUCUCUGGAUCUCAACAUGGAGAGUCAGGGUCCACAGUCAAAGGGAGACAGGGAACUAUUCAUGGACAGUCAGGAAACACCAGGGGACAUGCUGGAUCUGGGGAUGGACAUCCCACCAGGACAGAAUCCAAUAGGACUGGGAGAAGGGGAUCUACUGUCCAUGCGGCCAAUGACAAUGAAAGGCACUCAGUUUUGAGCCAUGGGCAUUCCGGGUCUGUCCCCAAACACACUGGUACUGAUACAACUGGAAAGUAUAAAUCUAGGAAUGAACAGUCAGGAGAUAGUUCUAAACAUUCAGUCAUAGAUCAAGGGCGGACAUCAAUUCAUAAGCAACCAGUUUCUAGAAGUUCACAGAAUUUUGGGUCCUCCCAUGAGCAGACAGGAGACAAAUCUACAUCAUCAGGCUCUGUUCAGGGACAUACCACAUCUUCCCAUGGGCAGUUAGGAACUGGCACAAUAGAGAGACAUGGGUCCAGCCAUACACAGUCACGUGAUACUCAUAGGCAGUCCAAGGAUAGCAUAAGGAAACAGUCACAUAGCAGUCAUCCCCAAUCUAGAAUAAGUCAUUCUGAGUCACAGAUUAGUGGAAGACAACGACAUGGAUCAGGUCAAGGAUGGAAACAUGGCAGUUAUGGAAGUGCAGAAUAUGACUAUGGGCAGUCUGGGUAUGGACCUUCUGGGGGCAGCAGAACAAGCAGCUGCAAUUCUAGCCCUUUGCAGUCAUUAGAUAGAGCUGCAAACAAUCAAGUGUCUACACAUGGACAAUCAGUUUCUAGGUUUAACCAUACAGGAUCAAAAGCAACUGAAAUAGUAGGAAGACAAAGCUCAAGUCAUGGACAGUCAAUUGAGUUCCAUAAUAAGUCUGGAUCCAAUGUAAUUAGAAGGCAAGGAUCUAUUCAUGGGCAUUCAGUAGUAAGCCACGAACCAUCAAGUGACACCCAUGUUCCAUAUGGAAGGCAGGGAUCUACUACUCAUAGGCAGCCAAGCAAUCAUUCUGUAUCCAGCCAUGGAGAGUCCAUAUUAGCUCACAGCCAUUCAGCAUUUAGUUCAACUCUAAAGCAUGGAUCCCAUAGUGAUAAUAAAGAGCAUUCAGAAGAUUGGGGGAAACAGAUUCAUGAACCAUCAGGGUCUAGGCAUGGACAAUCAGAAUUCAGCACUAUAGGUAUACAUGGAUCCAGCCAGCAGCAUUUGGGAGAUACAUCUUCUCAUGAGCAGGAAAGAUCCAGCACAAGUUUAGUAAGACAGGGAUCAAGUAAUAGACAAUCAGGAGACAUCCAGGGUCAAUCUGGAUUCAGCACCAAUGAAAGACAAGUAUAUAGCCAUUGA